GCCUCCUCAGCAAGCCACGUUGAUUGGUGUUGCCUUGGAUACAGCGUUCAGACUUUGCUAUGGAUUUCCAGCGCCAUGGAUCUCAAAGCCAGUCUCAACUUCCUGAACCCUGGAGUCCUGAUAAAGCAGAGGCACAGUCUAACGCUGAAUGCAUGUGCUCAUUGUGUCUUUUUCUGCAAAGUGCUGCUUUACAUCAGACAGACCGAUAAAGCAGAGUCAACCCAGAGUGUUGCUCCCACAAUCAAACUGGCAUCUCACAGUAAGUGUCUCCAUGUUGGCAUUAUUGGCGCAGGUCAGCUGGGGAAGCAACUUGCUCGCUGUCUGAUUGACCUGAGUGGCUUGCAAGCAGAAGAUAUUCGCAUAUCCACGCGCAGACCAGAAACCUUGCGUGACUUCCAGGAGCUAGGAGUGCUCUGUUUUUAUGACAACGUUGGUCUUGCCACCUGGGCCCACAUUAUCUUCGUAUGCUGCUUGCCAUCGCAGCUACCCAAUGUGUGUAUGGAGAUCAGAAACCACGUGGGAGAAGGCUGCAUUGUGUAUAGCCUGGUAUCAGCUGUACCUUUAUCCAGGUUAAACCAACUAUUGGGCAGCAGAGGCGUUAUCAGACCAGAAUACCGAGUUGUAUGGACAGAGACCAGUCAGGAAUGGGAUAAAAACUGGACUAUCACAGCUGCUCUAAGAAAUGCCACUAUUGUGAGAUCAACAAGCUUUGGAAAUCCUCAAGGUGGCAUUGUCCGUAUAGUGAGUCGGUUUAUAGAGACAACUAUUUACGCAGCUCUGAACAUGUGCACAGAACAAGGGCUGUCUCAUAAACAGUCACUGAGUGCCCUAAAUGCCAUGAUUUACAGCCCUAGGAUGAGGGCUGAGACUUCCCAUCAUUCUCCACUUAGGACAGAAGACUUUGUUAGCCGGGAGUAUGCUACCACACUAUCAGAGAACAGCCCGUAUCCUUGGUUUGACCUACACUGUGUGCAGACGAAGGACACGCCAUUCAGUCAGCAUCUUAAUUGCACUCCGUGGCUCCUGGAAAGGCUUACAGUACUGUACCUGGAUUCUUUUGGGACUUCUGAACAAGUAACAAACACAAAUAAUUUGGCUGUAACUUCCCAUGGAGAACAUUGAACGUACAGAGUGCUUAGUGCAUAGCACGGAGCAGUCCCAAGAUGGUGACAUUGUUAGGAUCUCCAUCUCUCCUGGAGUCUGCAGCUACAUUACCAGAAGACAAGCUGGCCACGGUAUCAGAACUUAAAAACUGUUAGCAGAUUUCUGUGCUCACUUGACAGCUACAAUGUCUGCACAAUUCCACACCCUGACAUGUGAACUGAAAAAUCAAAAUCUCUGAAUUAGGCCAGCGUACUGGUCAUGUAGAACAUAAAAUGGAGGAAUUUGCUGAUGCUCAUAACAGUUUAACAGGUGCAGCUGCAAGAUUUUGAGAAUACAUUUAAGUCUUUCAAAUUGACGCUUUCCAACUUAGAAAAUGGGUGAAGGAGAACUUUUAGGGGGAUCCUAAGGCUGCUACUAAUACUGUACUGUCCAACUACUUAUUAGAGUGUAUUCAUGAAAUCAUUGCUGAUGUCCAUCUAGACAUGCUAGUUGUGGGCAAAGACCAAAGGUUUCAAAGACAUUAACAUCUGCUUACUUCAUCUCCACGAGAUGUGAAUGCCAGAACCCAGUUUUAUUAUGUCAAAGGGCGCAUCAUGAAUGCAGAGACACGAUAUUUCAUGAGAAAUAUAAAAAUGUUGGGAUUUUUACUACUGUUUCACUGACAACAUUCUUAUGAACAACUUCUUCCAAUAUCGCUAGGGAUUUCCAACUUAACUCCUGAUCUAGAAAAUGAAUAUGAACAAUCUAAAUAUGUCCCUAGAGGCUGGAUUCCCCCUGCUUUAUAGUUGGAGAAUUGCAUGCCCAGACACAUGCAGAAACCAAAAGGAAAUAAAGACCAAAAAAAAAAAGAGUUCCUGUUAAUAGUGUUUAUACUUAUUGUACCUACCCACGGGCCCUGAUGGAUAAUCCAACAAUUACUAUAA